AUGGCAGCAAGCGUUCGUGAAAUUUCGGACCAACUGGAAAGCCUCACGGCGGAAUCACCGGCCGCUCAGAAUGAAUCCCAUGCAUCAGCUGCGAAGGUUGACGUUACUGAGCCUGUCAUUCAGGGCUCCGUUCUCAAUGCACCGGAAGGGACUGACGCACAAGUUCCGACUUCAACUGAGUCUGAUCUGACCGAUAUCGACGAGUCACUCCUGCAAGAUCCAUCUGACCCUGGCACUGCGUCGCAUUCAGUUUCGACUGAAAGUCAUUUUAUCAGCCUUUCGACUGAAAGUCAUUUUAUCAGCCCGACAGCUCCGCGCGUGAGCUACGCAGUCUCCGCGUCUGGCGAACUCAUGAUUACCGAAGAAACCCAAACUCCAAAACCAACCACUGCUGCUUCUGCACCCCGCUCUAGUCCUCCUCCUCAAGGAUUACCCCCAAAGCCGGCAUCCUCCCCUACCAACUCGACGAUCCAACCUCCGUCCCUGGCGGUGGAGCGCAUCAUGGGCCCAAAGCAGCCGAUCCCGGCACGAAUCCUUGAACUUCUCGAAGAAUGGCAUGAAGAUUCUCCAUACAUUGAACAUCCUUCUGCUGUGUCGGGUCGAGCUCCCUCGACCUGGAAGCACUUCAAAGCUUUCAGCGACGAUGGCGACGAAUGCGAGCUAUCAAUAUUUCAGAUCUCACUGAAAGGUCAGACUCGACGAAGCUUGAUCUACCGUAUUAUGAUACUUCACUCCCAGAGUGGACCAGAAGAACUCGUCGUCUACGGCCAACCCCGACCAAAGUUCAGGGGACACUCGACCAAGGGUACGAAGGGGCUGUACCUACUGGACUGGCUUGAAGUCGAGCGAAAAGGAGAGGUUCAGGCUUGCGGAUUGAAACUUUGGAGAACAGAUGAACAGAAGAUUACGUUCGGUGCACAUAUGUUUGACGAUGGACGCAAGUGCACUCGGCUGUCCGGGCUGAAUGAUAUUUUCAAUAUGCGUAUCCCAUCUUCCACUCCCAAGAAGCAGUCUGGCACAAAUGAGGAUAUCGACGAUGCCGGCUCUAACUCGUCUGAGCCGCCUUAUUCGCCCUUGAGGUCUAGGCGCCAAGUUUGGACCAGCAGUUAUUCCAAAGCGGAAAAUGAAAAUGAAGACAGAACGCCAGUUGUCCCACCGCCAUCGUGGGACAAGGCCAUUUCACCAGUAGUCCGUUCUCUUGAGAGUCCUUGGAAGCCUCAAAAGAGGCGCCGUAGCACAUGGAGCUCCAAUGAUGAGACCUCUGAUGGUCUUCGCUACAAGUUGAUGUUAGACGCAUCAGAUCAAGUCCGCGUUUUCAAGACAGAUGACGCAAACGUGUUGUUUGGAAAGGCCCAGCAGUUCUACAAGGGCAUGGACAAGCGCACAGGACUUUUGUGCACUGUUUCUGGGGUUGAUGGAGUCCGAUACGUGGGGGAGGGUUGCGUUGACGAAUUUGAUAUCCUCCAGGAGGAUAUUCGGAAGUCUUCUGGUUCUGGUGAUGAAGACCGCGUUGUGGAGGUGAAACCCGCAAUGGGCUUCUAA